UAUAACAAAUCAAGUGCCUCUACAAACCGUGACAAAACCCACCCAUUAACCACCCCACCCCACCACCACCGUACAUCCCGGCAAUGCUACCGGAAAAUCCAGACACACCACCAACACUGUAAGUAAACAAAUCUCACAAUGCCACCAACAAAACCACACUCAAACAACCAAUCCUCCACACGCGAAUUCAAACACCGAAUCCUCACAUGCCUCAACAAACUCUCCGACCGCGACACACACUCCGCCGCCGCAACAGAACUCGAAACAAUCGCCAAAACCCUAACUCCCGACACAAUCUCACCCUUCCUAUCCUCCAUCACCGCCACCGACUCAACCGACAAAUCUCUUGCACGUAAACAAUGCGUUCGGUUAAUCUCCACAUUAUCCGAAUCACACGGCAACGCUUUAUCAUCUCAUUUGUCAAAACUCAUUUCCGCCAUCGUACGGCGCCUCCGUGAUCCCGAUACUUCCGUUAGAUCCGCGUGUGUUGCUGCAACAGGCUCGAUUGCAGCUCACGUGACCAAACCUCCGUUUACUUCUGUUGUGAAACCGUUAGUUGACGCUUUGGUUACCGAACAGGAUUUGAAUUCUCAGAUCGCCGCGGCUCUGUGCUUAGCCGCGGCUGUGGAUGGCGCACCCGAGCCGGAGGUUUUCUAUUUGAGGCGGAUGGUGCCCAAGGUUGAGAAGUUGUUGAAGUGUAAUGCGUUUAAGGCGAAGGCGGCUUUGUUGACGUUUUUAGGGAGUGUGAUCGGUGUGGGGGGUGCGUCUAGUCCGGUUGUUGUGAAGAGUUUGGUGAGUGUUUUGGUUGAGUUUGUGGUGAAGAGUGAGGAUUGGAGUGCCAGGAAAGCGGCUGCCGAGGGUUUGGAGAAGUUGGCUGUUGUUGAGAUGGAUUUGUUGUCGGAGUUUAAGUGUUCGUGUUUGAAGACGUUUGAGGCGAAAAAGUUCGAUAAGGUGAAAGUUGUGAGGGAAACGAUGAAUCGGAUGAUAGAAGCUUGGAAGGCGAUUCCGGAUGUGCAGGAGGAGGUAUUAACACCGCCGGAAUCACAUUCGUCGUCUAAAGCAGCUGAAGUGGAUAGUGAUGGAAGAUAUCCACCAAGAAUUCAACAAAUAACUAAUAAGAGAACUGGUCCCAAUGGUUCUAUUUCCACUACCUCUGCAACAAGACGAAUUUCACUCGAAAACAAACAGAAAACUGGCCCAGCAAUGUUCAGGAAGCUGGAUCGCAAGAAGCCCAAUGAUCAGAAAUCUGGAAGUAGACCUGCAAGUACAUUGUCUGUGGAUGAUCGUCGUCUUAAUAAUAAAUUUGCGAGACCAGAAAGGAAACAAGCCCUCUUCGAUGAGAUUGUUGAUGAAGAAGUGCAGGAAUCUGAAUAUCACAAUGCAAGACUAAGUACCACUGUUGUAGAGAGCAACAUCGCUCCGGAUAUAGAUAUCCACAGGAGCCAAAAAGAUUCUGAGGAGUUAUCUUUGAUUCGUAAUCAUCUUGUUCAGAUUGAAACCCAGCAGGCGAAUCUGCUUGAUCUCCUCGAGAAAUAUAUUGGAAGCUCACAAAAUGGGAUGCGGUCAUUGGAGACACGAGUGCACGGCCUAGAGUUAACGCUAGAUGAGAUCUCAUUUGACUUGGCUAUGGCUAGAUCAACCGGAAGGUUGUCACAUCCUGAACCUACACAAACCUUGUGCUGCAAGUUACCUGGUGCUGACUUUUUGACUUCUAAGCUCUGGAAGAAAACGGAAAUUCAACACUCUAACCCCAGGAUUUCGUCCUCUCCAUUUGCAACCGCAAGCCACAUGACUGGCAAGAACGUGAAUCAUCUUGAAUCGCGUAACCCAGAAAAUAGGGUAUUUCGGCGUGAGGGAGGUGGUAGUGGGUUAAUCAAGAAUCCAUUGGCUGAGGUCCACAGGAACAACUAUAGGAUUUCCGAUAUCUAAUUCACAAAUACGUAUGAUGCCUUACUUCGUUACAAUAUAUAUUUUUGGCAGAGUUAUUUGCCACGGGUAUUGUUACCUAAACGCAUUCCACGUGUUAAGUGUUACUAGCGUUUAGCCGAAUACGUAUUAGAUACAAAAUGUGUCGGCAUAGUUAUAAAUGAGUGAAUGUGGAGAAGCUUUUACUGUGAAUAUAUAUGUUGAUAUUAUAUUUUCUUGCCUGAGGUGAGAAAUUCGAAUAUGAAAAGAUACAAAGGAUUUGUUAUGAGUUGUGAA